AUGUCAUCGUCUCCGCUGAACACUGGCCUCAUACCCACACAGGUGAGCCGCUCCAGAGGACACGUGAACAGACAGAGAGAGAGACUCACAGAGAGAGAGACACAGAGAGAGAGACUGAGGCAACAUGAAGCAUUUCCUCAGAGCCCUGAGAAACUGACCGGACGCUGUGAGCUGCAGCGCAUCUGCUACAGACACAAACCCGGGGCUCGCCGCACGCUCGCCAUUGAAUCGUCGCUGAAGUUCUCGAAGCAUGAGCUGCUGCAGUCUGCUCUCAGCGUUCACUGUGACAAAGUGGAGAAAACCAUCGAUGACAUCAUGGCUCUGAAGAAGAUCAACCCAGACACAAACCCACAACUCGCCAUCUCGCUCCAGAGCAGCCUCCUGCAGAUUGUGGGGUACAGGGCUCUGCUGGUGCAGGUGGAGAAGCUCCGCAGAGAGGCCUACGACUGCGAGAACCAACAACACGAGACCAUGCUACUGCAGCUGUGGAAGGAGCUGCGUCCUGACUCCCCCCUCCACAGCCGCAUUUCCAAACAGUGGUGCGAGAUCGGCUUCCAGGGCAGCGACCCCAAGACCGACUUCAGAGGGAUGGGCCUGCUGGGGCUGAGCAACCUGCUGUAUUUCGCGGAGCACGACAAAACCACAGCUCUCCAGAUGCUCAACGACUCCCUUCAGCCCAAACACAAUGAGCUGGACAAGGCUGAGUGGGAGAAGAAAAGCUUGGACAAGGCCAUUGGGUUCUCGUUUGCCAUUGUGGGCAUCAACAUCACGGAGCUGACCUACUCUCUGCUGCUCAGUGGAGCUCUGAAGACGCACAUGUACAACGUGGCUCCAGAGGCGGGGAACCUGCAACACUUCCAGCAGACCUUCUGCUUCCUGAUGCAGGAGUUCCAUCACUUCUGGCUGGAGGAGGAUCCCAGUGACAUCAUGGAGUUCAACAGGAUUCGCUCCAAGUUCCAGAGAAAGAUGGAGAAGCAGCUGCAGAGUCCGGAGGCCGCUCUGUGUCCUCACUACACCGCAGAGGACCUGAGACUGGUCACCCUCUGA